AUGGUCGGAAUCUCAUACCCGGCAAAGGGAUAUCGCAAAAUCGGUGGCCAUCGCCCCUUCUCGACCAUCGAGGUGUAUCACGAUCUUGAGCACAGGGAGGAUGGACAACCCAGUCCGUCAAGCUACACCAUCAAUACCUACUUGCCAUCAGUUGAAAGCAUAUCUCCCAACAUGCGUUUCGCGCCGGCAAAUUACUUCCGCAAGAAUCGGAACCGCCCAUUCUGGACCUCUUCGUCCACCGUCUUACCCACAAACGCGGCGGACGAAGAGAGAUUGUUGGCCCACACCAGUGAGCAGGAAGCGUCUGAGGAACGGAAAAAACGAAAGCCUGAGACUGGCCGAAGUGACAAUCGUAGGAAUGGAAAUAACAUCAAAAUCAUCAUCACGGAACCGGAGCCGGUAGCCUCGCGACAUGGCAUAUCCCUCGAAUUCGACCCCCUCAGAUCCCAUCCAGUCAAUCUGGAUCGAUGUCCCAGCAUCAAUCCGUCAGGAACUUACCGAAAUCUGACUGCGAUCCCCAGAAACGCAGAGCCCAACAAGACUGCGUCAAAUCGAAUCCAUCAACUCGAUUCGGGUCCUAUAACAUUAGGGCCCAGUUCAGCCUCUAAAUCUCAUCGCCAUCAGCAUUUGCGGAAGUCGACGAGGCCAACCCUUAGCAGCGUCAGCGGCAGGGGGGACCUGCGCGCUGUGUUCCAAAACGGAGAGCAAACGCUUCCUGUCUUCCCGAUACUUCUUUUCAACAACCCUUUUUUGCCCAUCCAUCCAUUCAUCCUCAUCCCCAUACUUCAAAAUUCCAUCCGUCGUGCCGCUCUUAGAUCCGCCCUCUCUGCUUCGAGGGCUAUCUCUACCCAGGCUCCUGCUGCGUCCUUUUCCGCCAGCAUUGCCCGCACUGCUCUUGUCUCUAGCAGAAUCCAGGCUAUCCGCUUCUUCUCUCAGUCCCCCCGUGUCCUCAACACCGAGGAGCCUACCCAGCCCGAGCAGACCGAGACCGAGACUGCCCCUGCUGCUACCGAGGAGGCUGCUGUUCAGAAGGACACCACUGAGGGCCACGCCGCUUUCGUCCGCAACAUUGUCUUCGACGCUACCGAGGAGCACCUCAAGGGCGCUUUCGAGAAGUUCGGCAAUGUCACCGACGUUUUCCUUGCCCGUGAUCCCCGCGGCUUGAGCAAGGGUUACGGCUUCGUCACCUUUGCCACCCGUGAGGCCCUCGAGGAGGCCUGCUCCCAAGUCGACGGCUCUUUCUGGCACGGUCGCCGCAUCAGCGUUGAGCCCCGCCGUGCGAAGGUCAACCGCGGCAGCGCCGUCGGCGAGCCUUCCGCCUGCCUUUUCAUUGGCAACAUCCCCUACGAGACCACCGAUGCCGAGCUGAACAACAUCUUCGUCGGCAUUGAUGGUCUCAAGGACGUUCGCGUCGCCGUUGACCGUGCUACCGGCUGGCCCCGUGGCUUCGCCCACGCCGACUUCGUCGACGUUGAGGCUGCCGUUAACGCCUUGGAGAAGCUCCAGGGUACCCAGCUCGGCGAGAGGACCAUCAAGAUUGACUAUGCUCAGCCCGUCGCUGCUCGUCAGCCCCGUGAGAACAACGGCGAACGCCGUGAGUACCGCCCUCGUCAGCAGCGUGAUGGUCAGCGCGAUGGUCAGCGCAGCUACAACCGCGACGGCGGUAACCGCAGCUACAACCGUGAGGGUGGCAACCGCAACUACAACCGUGAUGGUGGCAACCGCAGCUACAACCGCGAGGGUGGCGACCGCAACUACAACCGCCGCGACCAGGGCGAGUCCACCGACUUCUAA